UCAAAACUAUAAUGAAAAUGAAGUAAAGCGUUACAUUUCUAGGGGUUCCAAUGUGACGAAUCGUCCCGCUGUCAGCUACAUUGGCCAUGGAGACAGUGACGACUGAAAGCUGAGAUAUCUGUGUGAGAAGUCGAGAAAAUGAACAGAAUUGUCAUUAAUGGUUUGCUCGUCUUCCUCGGCAUUUUGACCAAAGUGGAGGGUCAAGGGGAUGUGACCUUCUGGAGAGACAAGUACACAUUGACCUGUCCUGAAAUAGGAGAAUGGUAUGUAGACAAUGAACUAAUUCAGGCUGAAGCACGCAGUUUUGAUCCCAUAGAAAUAGGCAACACACGAUCCUACCAUUGUCAAUAUGGAAAGGAAAACAUUAAACAUCUAUUCUAUAUUCAAGGAAGGGGUUGUGAGAACUGCUACGAGGUGGAAAUGAAUCAAAUUGCCAUGGUCAUUGUUGGGGACCUGAUAUUGACUGGAGCUGUCAUCCUGAUUGUGUACUUCUGGGCUCAGAAGAAGUCUGGACCUGCAACAUCCCAAAAACCAACUUCUCGCUCACGAGGUCAGGCCCCAGUGGUGUCAAAUGUUGACUAUGAGCCACUCAGACAUGGAGACCGCGGCAAAAAUAUCUAUGCUGUGCGCAAGAAUGAGACAAAGGAAUGAGACUGAUCUCUUACCAGACCACACCUUUCCACCAUGAGCACCAGCUGAAUGUACUCACUUUGGUCUCACUUGAUCUCCAGUUGAAUCGUGGCCAACAUUCAUGGUUAGAAGCAUUUACCAGCAACAAAAGUCACCGCAAGUCAAUACUUGGAAAAAGGUCAAUUCUGAAAAUGCUUACCUAUACUAAUGUUUGUCCUGUACAAUCAACUUCAGGAGGUUUACAAGUACCAGUACUUUCCCCAAUAGAUCACAGCUCACAGUACGUCAAGGCUGCUAAAUCUGCGAAUACUCCUGUGCAACCAAUUUACAACCAAGUCGUGUUGACCAAUAAAUUUGCAGAGGUCAUCAUGGUUACAGACAGGCUUAGCUGAGCAACAAACCACGGACAAAGUUGAUGGUUGUUUUUUAUUAAAAGUAUAAAUUGGAGGACCCCACUAAAGGACUGUGGUUGUGGAAAACAAACAUAAGCAUGUGUAUGUUACGUAUUUUCAGCAUGUACCUUUUUCAAUGUACUUUUCACAUCCUGCUAGGCUAGCGCAUCCUGCUAACGAUAAUCACUGCUGAACUCAAGAUCAAACAAGUUGAGUAUAUACAUCUAGUGCAUAGGUCUUCAACCCUCUCCUGGCGAUCCCCCAGCCAUCUCACAGUAAAUUUUUUCCC